AUGCCCGUGUUGCUACGGUAUCCUAUGUCUAUUCUUCAUAUCCAAUUGUAUCUAUCUAUCUAUCUAUCUAUCGUAGUUUAUUCUUCUUAUCUAUCUCAGCGUAUUCUUCUCCUUAUCUAUCUAUCUAUCUAUCUAUCUAUCUAUCUAUCUAUCUAUCUAUCUAUUUCAGUCUAUUCUUCUGAUCUAUCCAUCUAUCUCAGUCUGUUUUUCUUAUCUAUCUAUUUCAGUUUAUUCUUCUUAUCUCUUUCAGUCUAUUCUUCCUCUCUAUCUAUCUAUCUAUUUUCUCAUAAAAGAGCCACCACCCUUUUGUAUACAAUGUGUUCAUUAUAUCUAUCUAUCUAUCUAUCUAUCUAUCUAUUGAUAUUUAUCAAUUCAUAUCUAUCUAUUGAUAUCUUUAUAUAUAUCUAUCUAUUCAGAUCUAUCUAUUCAGAUCUAUCUCUCUAUCUAUAUCUAUUCAGAUCUAUCUAUAUCUAUCUAUUCAUAUCUAUCUAUAUCUAUCUAUUCAUAUCUAUCUAUCUAUCUAUAUAUUUUCAUAUCUAUCUAUUCAUAACUGUCUAUAUGUCUAUCCAUAUUCAUCUUUUUCUAUGUAUAUCUAUGGAUCUAUUAAUAUCUAUCUAUCUAUCUAUCUAUCUAUCAAUUCAUAUCUAUCUAUCUAAUCAUAUCUAUCUAUCUAUUCAUAUCUAA